CGAUGACAAGGCUGAUAGCUCAAGUGUUGCUGGAGAAGCUAGUAAACCUGCAGAGAUGCCUACACAGAGAAGAAAACGGAUCUCCACCAUGCCCAAUCUUGCCAAACCCAGAGCUGGACCUUCAUCUGCUCAGCGUUCUGCAUCAAAACCGCAGAGGCGAGCCUCACAACCUCCUGAUGGCAGUGCUUCGCUUCAGAAGGAUUCCUCUCCAUCAGAAAAGAGUAAUGUUGAAAGCUCUUUAAAGUCUGCCAUGCUGCCUGAAAAGAAAACGCCUGUGCCACAAGUGCCACAGUUUUCACCACUAAAAAAAUCAGCGAACAAAGAGCAAACUGUAGGUGUAGCUGCUCAAAAAAAUGACGAUACCUUGCAGAAGAAUGUACCCUCCCCACUCAAGGAGAGACCAACACAGGAAAGAUCAGGAACACAGGAAGAAAAGCUGCCUAUGAAACUUGCUCCUGUAAAAGAGAAACGAACAUGUUCUGACCAUGAAAGGAUCCUCAAAGCUCGGAAGUUAAGAGAAAUGCUUAAAGAGGAACUGAAGAAAGAGCGGAUGUUGAAACAUAGGCCUCCAAUAAUUGAAGGACGUUCUCCUCCAGAUCGUUCUAAAAUGACUAUGAGAGACUUGAUAUACUAUCUGCCAGAAAACAAUCCUAUGAAGUCUUCACUGGCGGAAGAAAAGAGAACAGAAAAAAAUUCUGCACUGAGUCAAUUGAAAGAACAGGAAGAGAAAAAUACUCCUGAUCACGAAGAAGAAGGUGAGGAAGAAGAAGCAGAGAAUGGGGAGGAGAGUCAGGACGGUCCACUUCUCGUUCCUCGUGUGAAAGUAGCAGAAGAUGGUUCAAUUAUACUGGAUGAAGAAAGUUUAACUGUAGAAGUUCUAAGAACAAAAGGUCCAUGUGUUGUAGAAGAAAAUGAUCCCAUCUUUGAGCGUGGCUCUACAACUACAUAUUCCAGCUUCAGGAAAAGCUUUUACACAAAACCAUGGUCAAAUAAAGAAACAGACAUGUUCUUUUUAGCUAUCAGUAUGGUAGGAACAGACUUCUCCUUAAUUGGACGACUGUUUCCUCAUAGAGCCAGAGCAGAAAUUAAGAACAAGUUCAAACGUGAGGAAAAAGUUAAUGGAUGGAGGAUAGACAAAGCUUUCAGAGAAAAGCGUCCCUUUGAUUUUGAAUUCUUUGCCCAUCUGCUUGAGAAGGUCUUAGCAGAUGAGGGAAAGAAAAAGCAAAAGACUGUUAAAAACCAGAAGCCAAAGGAAAAGAAACCAUCAAGGCCUCGGAAGAAGCCAAAAGCAAAAGCUGCCAGCACAGAAGCUACUAAUGAUAAAGAUGAUCUUCAGGAGGCCAGAAUUUCUGAUGCAGAAGUAGAAGCAGAUGCUGUGACGGCUGAGAAAGAAAAUGAGGAAUCUUUGGACAUUUCUGAACAGGCAGAAGAACAGAUUGCAUUAGAGCCAGCAUUAGCAAAAAAGAAGCGAAAGAAGAGGAGAAAAGAUGAUCUUGAACAGGAAGUGGAGAAUCUUCCAGAAGAAAUGGCUAUCCCUUCAAAAAUUGCUGAAGAAGAGAAAUCCUUGAAGAAAAAAAAAAAACUGGUAUGUGAUGCAUACAAUGAUGGUCAUACUACCUGUAGAGAAGAACUGGAUAGUGUUAUUGAAGGAAAGCAAGGUGAGACUUCUGUUACAGAGGAAAAGAGAUCAGAGUCCUAUUUACCAGUGGAAGAUGUAAUGGAGAGAGAAAAUGAUGUCAAUUUAUGCAGCUUUGAAGAUAGCAAUGAUGUUCUAGUAGAAACAGAAUCUGCUAAACUGAGAACUGUAGAUAUUAGAGAUGAUAUAUCACAGGAAAGCAAGAUUUCAGAGUUACCAGUUUCAAAAAGUAGAAGCAGAGAAAGACAACUGGAAGAAACUAGAGAAACAAAGAACAAAGACACGCUUGACUUGCAUAGAUCAGAUGAAAAGCAGAGUGCAUCAGAAAGUGAUUCUCAGUCUGAAAUCAUGAAAACUGAAAAGACAUCAAGCAGAGGCCGCUUGCAAAGACCUAAACCAAAUUUAGUGAGAUCAUCUGGAAGGAGAGAAGCAGCAACCCAAGAAAAAAUGGAGGCUGAAAUUUCCUCUCCAGACCUUGUGAAUGCAAGUGAAAAGUGCUCUGAGGAAGACAGUAGAAGAAACAGAAACAAAGACACAGAAUUAGAGAAUACUGAUUUGGAUACUAAAUCUGAAGAACCUGAAAAAACUGUAAUUGCAAAGGCAAUAGUUAGAGGAAGUCGACAGAGAUUUAAGCCUAAUAUUACAAGAGCAUCUGUAAGGAAUGAAGAGCCUGAAAAAGAUGCAGGAAAUGAUAAAAUGUCCCAUCCACAGCCUAAGGAGGAAAUCAAAAAGAAUAUUAAUGAAAGUAAUAGAUCUGAUGCUACCAGUGAAGAAGCUGCAGAAAAAGAUGAUCAAGUCCUGGAAACAGUGUCUCAGUCUAAUGAAACAGCUGGUUUACAAGUAGACAGCAAACAGAGUGUGCUGAAACCAACACCUCUAAAGAGAGGCAGAGUGCAGAGACCAAAACCAAAUCUAGGAAGAACUGUAGCAAGGCAAAAAGACCUGAAAGAUGAAAAAGGUCCUGAAGAGGAGAAAACUGAAGGUGGAGAAGAAGGUGAUGUGGUGCACCAUAGGGAUGAAAACAGUGAUCCAUGCCUCAAAAAUGAUGUGACGGUUCAUGAAGAUACUCAGCCAUGCAAUGUGAUGUUAGAAGGGGUUGUUUCUACAGAUUCUGAGAUGAACUCAAUACAUACAAGGCAGUGUUCCCAAGAAAAAUCCUCAGAAGCAGGAAGCUAUGAAAGUGAAAAGGGAUUGUCAGAUGUCUUGAAACAGCUUUCAGAUUUCCAUACAGGGAAGUCUGGUCCUCAGAAGGAAGAGGAGAAAACUGUUGUAUCAUCAGCUCAGCUACUGAGGAGUCAAUUCCAGAGACCAAAGCCAAAUUUGAGAAUGACAAGUAGUAGAAAGGAAGUGCUGGGUGUAAAUGAUAAGGGUGUAUCACAGAAAGAUACCAACAAGGAAGAAAGUUUGACACAGUGUGACAGUGAAUGUAGCAUCCUUCCUGAUACAGAUAAAGCGGGAAAAUAUGAAGUCCCGCAACCAUUGGAAUCCUUAGGAAAGGAGAAGUCACUUGGCUCCCAGGAGGUUUCUGAGGGGCCUAGUCAUAAGCCCCCAAAGACAUUUUCAAGAUCAGAGGAUGAUGCAGUCAGGUUUUGUCUACCUGAAAUUAAACAAGAUGACACCUCAAGUACUAAUGCAGGCAAAAAUACCACUGAAGAAGAAGAUAAACAAAGACCUCUUCAACCUGUUCAGUUAGUGAGGAGCAGAUUCCAGAGGUACAAGCCAAACUUGGGAAGAGCUGUAGGAAAGAAGGAAUUACAAAUAUCAGAAAAUGAGAGAGAUAAGAAGCCUGAAGCAGAGCAGUUGGUGUUGCAGAAAGAUGAGUUUGCCAAUACAGUCAUCAGUGAAAAUGAAGCCGUAUUGUGUCAAGCAGAUGUGUUGAGUAAAGAGGAACAGGAACAGCAAGAGAUGCCUCAGGUGCCUUGUAUUUCUGAAAACAUAUUGUGUGAACAAAGCAGUGCUGAAAAAUCCACUUCACAAGAAGACACGCUAGGUGCUCUGAAACCAGGACAAUUCAUAAGGAAUGUAUCUCUGAGAACUAGACCAAACCUAGAAAGAGCAUAUAGUGAAAAAGAAUCUCCAUUGGCACAAGAACUUGCUGCUCCAGUUGAGGAAGAAGCAAAUAAAGGAGAGAAUCUGCCCGUGGCAGAAGAAUCUGAGGAACUUCUUCCCUCAAAAGAUGACAUGGAAGUACUGUUGUCUGUGCGGAAUUUGUCCAGGAAUUACAAUCUAGACCUAAAUCCAAAAAGUAUGAAGUUGGAAACACUGUGUUCCUCUAAAAAAUUACCUAGCUGCCACAGCAAGGGAGAACGAGAAGAAAGUCUGUCAACAAAUGCUAUAGGAAUCAUUCAGGAUACCACAGAAAGGUCCAAUGAUAAAUUAAGUUCUGGAGAAGAAAGUAAACAGAGUGGUACAAAACCUUUGCAUCAAGCAAGGGAACCCCACUGGAACUCAAGGCUAAACCUAAUGAAAGUUAGUAGAAAAAGAGAUUGCUCUGAAGAAGGUGAAAACAGAGAAGAGGACAAUGCUGAGAAUAGAAAUGCAGAAGAGUAUCUGGUCUUAGAAAAAACAGGUGUAUCAACGCAGAAGUCUAGUGACAUAGUAGAAGCGGCAUCCUUCUCGGAAGCUACAAGGAAACACAAAUUUACAGACUCUGUUGAAGAAACAUAUUGUAAAAGAAUCAGGCAGGAGGAUAAUAGACUUCAGUCUCCAGAGGUAUCAUCAGAGAGUGAGAGUCAAGUAGAACAAGAAGAUGGUUCUUGGCUUUCUACCUCUCAAGAAAAAAAAUUAGACAAUCUCCCAAGAAGGCAGUCCAGAAGGUCAGCGAAACGGAUAGUGCUGCCAAAACAUGUCUCGGAGCUAAGAACUGCUGCUUUUGCCUCUGAGGCUGAUUGCAGUGAGAAGAACAAUCAAAGGCAAGAAGCUAAACUGAAUGUUACUAGGGGCAAAAGUUUGAAAACUACACAUAGAAAGAAAUCUGGGAAGGAGCACAGAAGUUCAAAGGUAACCUUGGUGACCCUCCGGGCUGCUCAAGAGGAGGAGGAGGAGGAGGCAGAUGACUUUGAGGCUGAGGAUGAAGAUGAAUGCUUUGCACCAGAGGAAGUAAACAAAGCUCCAGUGUUUGUGCCUAUAGGUCUUCGAUCUCCAAAACCUGUUCCUGUUCAGAUAGAGGAAACCAUAGAGGAGCUGGAAAUACCUGUGAAUAUGCCAGAUGUGCAGAUGUCUACUGAUGCUGAAAGUUCCUCUCAUGCAUCUUUCCAGCCAGUGGUACAGAGGGAGGAAAAAGAAACAACCAUACAUGAAAAUGCAGAGGUGAACAAAGGAAUUAAUGAUGGAAGCACUGAAGCUGCCAUGACUUUACUUGCAAUGGGUGAUCAAAUGUUCCAGUUAAAAACAAGCAAUGAAGAAUGGACACACAUGUUACCCACUCAAGAUGAGUUGGACAUGGCCAAUAGCCUUGUAAUGCACGCCUACUCCAAACAAAACAGAAAUCCUAGUCAGUAUUUACUUUCUUCAGAUACUUCUACCAAGGAAUUGGUUCCUUCUGAGGAUGGAAGCAGCAUUAAUGUAGAGGAUCAAAGCACUGGCACAAGAAUGGAUGUUGAAGAAUAUUUUGAGAAAAAUGCUACAGAUACCAG